CGAGUCUCCCCCAGUGCUGCAGGAGCGGAGCAGAAUGUGACAGCGCAGAUAUGGAUGUGUGUAUCGCUUGUGGAUGAUGAGGAUUUCACCGCGCACUUAGAAGGUCUCCAAAAUCUUCAAAAGGACUAAAAGAGGAAUCUGUCACUUCACCUAAGUAGGUGUGAAUUGCUGGCUGGAAUCAUGGGGAACCAGCUGACUGAUAUUGCUUCUAACAUGUCGUUCCUGCCAAACUUCCAGAGUCUGCACGUGGUGGUUAUUGGGCUUGACUCAGCCGGUAAAACCUCUCUGCUCUACAGGCUCAAACUGAAGGAGUUUGUGAAAACAAUCCCAACCAAGGGAUUCAACACGGAGAAGAUUAAGGUGGCGGUGGGAACAUCCCGGUCCAUAAACUUCCAGGUGUGGGAUGUGGGAGGGCAGGAGAAGCUGCGUCCGCUGUGGAAGUCUUACACCCGGCGGACAGAUGGGUUGGUGUUCGUGGUGGACUCUACAGAGGUGGAGCGCAUGGAGGAGGCCAAAGUGGAGCUCCAUAAGAUCACUCGCACCUCAGAGAACCAGGGGGUCCCUGUGCUCAUCCUUGCCAACAAACAGGACCUGAAUUCUGCCUUGUCAGUCAGCGAGGUGGAGAAGCAGCUUUCUGUGCAUGAACUGAGCAUGUACACGCUGCAUCACGUGCAGAGCUGCAGUGCUGUGGACGGUCAGGGACUCCAGCUGGGCCUGGAGAAACUGCAUGAGAUGAUCCUGAAGAGGAAGAAGAUGGUGAAGCACAACAAGAACAGAAAGAGAUGAACUCUUGGUUCACACUGUGGGCAUCAACUAAGGAGAUUUUUCCACUGUUGAGACAAGCUUAAUGGUCUCUUUUAAUCGAAGAGCGAUUUGUGCCAACAGAGCAACAAUUAUACGUGGCCUUGGGGUCAGGAGGAAUGGAUUUACUCAUAAUAAUUCAAGUCGUAUUGACAUAUUCUUUGUUCUGUGAUGCAGCUGCCCUUGUUAAUGGAAACCUUGUUAGCAGUUAGUCAUUACUAAGUGCUUUUCUACACUUGUUGUAAGGAGGAUUUCUAAUAAGACUGUUAACUGUAGGACUAAUAUAUGGAGACAUUAACAUCCACGUUGCAGAUGCUUGAAGAAAAAAUCUAGAAUAAAUUUGAAAAUGUCAUAUUCCUUCAAAGCUUCUGCCUCACUCCACAGCUGGGUGCGUUCGACAACAUGUGAAUACUUUCCCAAAGUAUUUAUUCCACAUUUUUUGUGUUUGUGAUGGACAGUCCAGUGGUGACGGAGCACCAAAUAAUGUUUAAUUUCACUGUAAUGGAACAGUGAUCCUAGGGUUCAGUUAUAACAACAGUGUUCAUA